AUGGGUAAAGAUAAUCUGAUUUUCAAGCUGGACAAUUUGGAAUACCAAAUUCAUUAUAUGAACAAUGAAGCUGAACAGUUCCAACCAAGGUUCAAGCAAACUUUGCAGUUCUUCAACUCGAAGAGCAGAAAGACUAAUAAGAAAGUUACUAAAUUGUUAGAAGCUGCUGACAAGCAAAAAAUAAAUGGUGAAAUCAGCUCACUUCGAUUGAAGAUUCUUGACCAAAAAAUUCAUCAUGUUUUGCAAAGGUUGCAGACUCACUGGAUAAAAAAUCCUCUUAUUUUAAGAGAACCAGAGGUCGCCAAGAUUGGUGCUGAACAGUUUAUCAAAUAUAUGUCAUACAGCAAGCUAGUGAAGCUUACAAUGUCUUUAAUGGGUGGGAACAAAACAUGUCCAGAAUGGUUCCGCGAGCAUGAGUUUUACCAAAUCAGUAACGAUAAGACAAAUGAACUGAACCCAAGUCGAAUCUAUAAUGGGGUCUUUUCGAAGAACAAGCUUAAUUCAUUGGUCUCAAAACUUCUGAAUAAUAAGAACGUAAAAGAUCUCAUACAGACAUAUGAAAAUGGUAUUCAUGUAAUUCUCAAUGAAAAGGAUAAGAUUCAGAAGGAUACCACUACAGCUUCUACCAAGCAGUCCAAAACAAAAUCGGAAGAUACAUCAACUGAUAAAAACAUCGAUGGAGUGUCAAAAACGGAGAAAGGCGCUACAGAAUCUGAAUCUGAAUCUGAUUUAUUAGAAGAAAAUUCAGAAAGGGAAGCUCCUGAACUUGAUUCAGAAACAGAAGAGUUACUUUCAAAACAAUACGAUGGUUUAUUAGUGGGAUCUGAUGAGGAAAGUGAACCAGAAUUUCAAUUGGACCCAACGAUAGACUAUAACCAGGUGACUGAUGAAGAAGACAAAGAGGAAUAUUCUGCUGAUGAGGAUGACGAGGAAAAUUCGGAUUCAGACUCCGGAGAGCCCUCUAACAAGAAGCCUAAAUAUAAUCUACCUGAGUUAAUGAACGGUUACAUUAGUGGCGAUGAGGAGGAAGAUUUGGAUGAUAAGGUAGCAAGAAAGCAAAUCGCAGCUGUGCCUGUGAAGAAGAACCGUAGAGGACAAAGAGCUAGACAAAAAAUCUGGGAGAAGAAGUACGGUUCACAAGCUAAGCAUGUCCAAAGACAGCUUGAGAAAGAACAUAAAGAACGUGAAACAAGACAACAGGAAUACGAACAAAGACAAGCAAAACGUGAGGCAAAAGCAGCCCAAUUAGCGGAACAACAGAGGAAGCGCGUUUCUCAAUACAACUCUCAAAGUUCAACUUCUAACAUACCGCCACCACCACAACCGGUCAUUACAGCUGAUAAGCCUAUCCAUCCAUCCUGGGAGGCUAAGAGGAUUGCCGAAGAGAAACAGAAGAACGUUAAGUUCCAAGGUAAAAAGAUUACCUUUGGUUGA